AUGCAAUUUCUGAAAGGCGAGGAUGAAAAUCCCACUUCCCAAGACCCCUAUUGUGGGCUGGAAAGAAAGGACUUCGUAGCAAUCGAGUCCGUGGAUACCUGGAGAUCUUCUGAGCACUUCACGACAGGACAUGCUCCCACACAUAAUGAUAUCUGCGCUCACGAGUUCUUCUUUGUCCUUCAACUUACUCGCACCGGAGUCCGCAAAAACCUCUUGUAUGUCAAUGUGUUCAUAGAAGAAGAAAGCAUGCCCGACGGCGGCAAACCCAAUCAAGGACCCCCACCAUCGAGCUCCCGGACGACCCGGCCCACGGCAUCGCCGGGGACGGGCGUACCGGGGCCUUACGCAACGGAUCUCGACAUCACCAGCACUGCUUUUGAAUCAGAUUUAGCAAAAGCUCAUAUCCCCGCGCCAAUUGACUCUUCGCAUCAGGCCCAGGUGCGCCGGAGCGCGCCGCAAAGCCCUACAGGAGAACGUUCAGGUAGACCCGGAAGUCCGCUGUUUUCGUCGCCUCCGCCUGUGGUUAUCAGCAGGCCGGGGUCGCCAAACUUGCCAUCUGGCCAUGAUCUGCUGGGGACACCACCUGUUAAUGCGCACGGUACGCGUGAUGCGUCGGACUGUCGUUCAUUAAACACAUCGGUGACCGGGCGGUUCGAUAGCCCUAUCAGCAGACCAGCCAGCAGCCAUGGCUAUGCGAGAAGGACCACUACAGCCAGGACGACAGCUGAAAGGCCAACGAGUUGGUACGGUGGCAGUCUUACCGUUCCUCCCGAGACAGCAGGUGCGCAGACAGUAUCGCGGCCAAACCUCAGCCGCUCGUCCGCCAGCUACGAUCAUACAUCGAGAGGGAGCGGGGCACUGGGACGGCCGGUUUCGACUCCGAUCCUGGAUGCAUUCAACAUGCGCUUUCCACGUCGACAGGAAUUGAGCGUGCUCGACAGACCAGUGAGUAUGCAGGACAUGGGAGCCAUAGCGGAUGAGUAUCGCAUACCGGACACUUCCCACCUCCGCCACGUAGCGCAUGGAGGGCAUGGAGCGCGGGAGUCCAUGCCAAUUUCUCAACCCCAGCCACCACAUUCUAUGGCAGGUCUGCCGCAAGCAGCCCCGUCACCGUUUCUCCCACACCAGGAUAUUCUUGUCACCUUACAGAGUCGACCGGUCACUCCAGAGAUCCCAAUUCUCGCCGUUCCCGCGGCUAUAUCUCGAGAGACCAGCUAUGGUCAGCUGCCUGCAAGGCCCCUAAGCAGUCAGAGUCACAAAGGGCAUAUACAAAAUGUUACAAAUCCCGCUAGUUUUUCAGCUGUCAAGGACCCUAAAAUCCCUUUGAGGGUCGACACAUCUUACAAGCACAACGACAGUAGCAACGGAACACAUCAUGGCUACUCCAAGUCCGCCUCAAACAUCCCCUCUCGUCCGCGAAGCUGGUACGGGCCCCAGGACUCCAGAAGAAGUUUUGAGAUGAGUCCUUUGGCAUUACGCUCCGAAAACGCAUCAAGCAUCGACUUGGCAGCCCCUUCCACCCGAAGCCAGACACCGAGCGGUACGAGAAAGUUCCGCGCGGUCCCCUUCCAGCCGGACGAGAACUACAGACAGCCCAGCCGGCCGUCCACUCCGGGUUCGCCGUAUGCCCGCUCAGCAACGCACAGCCCACGGCCGAGCAUGACCCGACCACGCAGCAGCAUCGAGCUCCUAGCGCGAGAGCUGCCGUACCAAUCCGGAACUUCCACGGCCGCUAACACGACAUCCACAACUUCGACUCCAGGCGGGUCCAGAAGCGUCCCGGUAUCACUCCAUCAUGCACUACCGCAGGAGGACUACUACCCCGCCCGGCCGCACUAUACCGACACCACGCCGACCCCGUCUCAGUCCCGCCGCGGAAGUAUUCAAACACCCCUCAACGACAGCGGACGGUCGACCCCCACACCGCCGGUCCAGUCGGCAUACGACCGCAGCCUCGCAGCCAUUGCGGUGCCCUAUCAACCGCCCGAACUGAUGGACUCGCAAAAGCCCGGCAUCCCGCCGGUGCGCCCUGCUGACAGGGACCGCGAAGUAGUCAACACCAAGAACGGGUGCUGUGGCAUGUGCAACGUGUCAAGCCUCGCGGCAUGCGGCGGCGUGGUCGGCGGGUGGGUAGGGACCUUUAUUACCAUCUUUACGGUCGGUACGCUAGCUGGUAGCAUCGCAGGGUACUCGAAGAUAUAUGAAGAGCCAAUGGCCACUGAGAGUUUGGUGUCACAUGGCUGGAAGAGAUAA